CAGCUGGACCUCCGCUAUUGAAUAUACCACCUCUCCGCCUCUUCCGCCCGCAUCCUUAUCCUUCCACUCCCAUCUGCACCGCCGCCUCUCCAUCAGCGACUUUGAUGGCCGUCAUCGAGUUUGAGACCGAGAAGGUCGCGGUGGGGGAGGACGGGCCGCGUACACCCCAGGAGCCGUUUCGUGACCUCCGUUCGAGCACAGAAUCAAGCGCAUCUUCUUCGACAGAGGAUUCCAUCACGAGGCUGAAGGAAUCCCGAGACCUCGAGUCACAGUCUCCCCAGGCGACUCCAGUGGCCGAGCACUAUGUGUCCGUUCGUUCAAAACUGGUGUUCCUGGCAGCCUACUUCUUUCUCAACCUAUUCUUAACUCUGUCGAAUAAGUCUGUGCUGGGCACGGCAAAGUUUCCGUGGCUCCUGACUGCAGUGCACUGUUCUGCGACUUCGAUCGGAUGUUUCGCCAUGCUCGGCCUCGGCGCUCUCAAGCUGUCUACGCUCGGAACGCGUGAGCAUUGGACCUUGGUCGCCUUCUCGUUUCUUUUCACCAUCAAUAUCGCCAUCUCGAACGUUUCCUUGUCGAUGGUGUCGGUGCCGUUUCAUCAAAUCGUGCGGUCGACGACACCCGUUAUCACGAUCCUUAUUUAUCGAUUUGCAUACGCCAGGACCUACGCAAGCCAGACCUAUCUUACCAUGAUUCCGCUCAUCUCCGGCGUGGCUCUGGCAACUGUUGGCGAUUACUAUGCGACUCUUGCCGGUUUCACAAUGACCUUGCUCGGAGUGUUUUUGGCAUCGGUAAAGACCGUAGCUACGAACAGGCUUAUGACCGGCUCUCUCAAACUUUCUGCGCUCGAAGUGCUACUACGAAUGUCCCCGUUGGCGGCUAUUCAGUGCGUGUUCUACGGCUAUCUCACUGGAGAAGCAGACCAGUUCCGGAUAGCCUUCGCUGAAGGCCAGUUCUCGGGCACUUUCGGCGCUGCGCUGCUCGUCAACGCAAUGACCGCAUUCCUGCUGAAUAUCGUGGGAUUCCAAGCGAACAAAAUGGCCGGAGCGCUCACAAUCACCGUUUGCGGCAACGUGAAGCAGGCGCUGACGAUAUUGUUGGGCAUUGUGUUAUUCCAUGUGCAGGUGGGAAUGCUGAAUGCAGUAGGCAUGCUUAUUACAAUAGCCGGCGCAGCUUGGUAUAGCCAAGUGGAAUUGUCAUCGCGAGCGAAACGGUAGCGCGCGGCAGUUGACCAUCUUUUGCAUAGCAUUUAGCGCGAAGAUACCCCAGCAAAUCGAGUAACCCUC